AUGGUUACACUCACCAUCGACAAAUCGUCCGUCGAACCCGGUGAAUCAGUGUCAUUCAAAGUUUCGGCCGACCCUGAAUCAUACGUUGGCCUUCUUGUACUCGACCAAGUCAGUACUUCCUUCAAGAAGUCUGGAAAUGAUAUUACACCGCAGUUGAUUGAGUCGGAUAUCGAGGAAUACGAUACUACUGGUUACCAGGGUGGUGGUGGAUUUCGUCCAUGGGAAGGAGCGAUCGACAAGAGGAGGAGAAAG